AACGAGCACACACCUGGCAGUAGUUUCUGAUCAAUAUACUAAAAAUGAAGUCAUUUCUCUCGCUCUGUGUGAUUCUCGCUGUGGCUCUGAGCCAAGUCGAAGCCAGUUGUACCGGGGACUGUCCGAACACGGAGGAAGUUGUCUGGGCUCUGGGUCCUAAUUGCCAAGUCUUCCGGAAUAAGUGCUACUUUGACAAGGCGAAUUGCACUCGCAAGCCACCUCUGACCAUCACCACCAAGGAGGAGUGCCAGAAAAAGUGCGCGGACAUAUGUCCAGCAAUCUAUCAGCCUGUAUAUGUAAUUCAGAACGGAAAGACGCGAACCUUUGGCAAUGCUUGCGAAAAGAAUGCUCACACAUGUCGCACGGGCGAAACUUUUGUAGAAUAACUACAACAAAUUCCUGAAGAAACUUGAUUCGUGUUUGGAAAUAAAUUUAAAAAGCCU